AUUUGAAUACUGAACGACAGAACAGAAGUAAAAGAGAGAGACGGAGGGGUGAUGAUCAGACGGAUGAACAUACAGACGGCCGGUGGAGAGAUGGAGCUGUGACAGGAUGAACGGCCUGCUAACCAAUCCCGUUGGCAACAACUCCUCGGUGCUGGCGGCAUGUUUCCACAACGAUGAUGCGUUCAAGUACCGCGCCUACACCUUCACCUACCUGCUGCUGUUUCCUGUGGCGUUCCUCUGCAACAUCGGAGCGCUGGUCGUCUUCUUCCUGCAGAGCAGCCGCAGAAACUCCGCCUCCUGCGUGGUCAUGAUGAACCUCGCCAUAUCAGACGGCAGCUUCUCCCUCACCCUCCCGCUGCGAUUGGCUUAUUACUUCAAGGGCGGGGUGUGGCCCUUCCCUGAUUGGCUGUGUCGACUGUGUGUCUAUGGCUUCUACGUAAACCUGUACACAAGCAUCCUCUUCCUCACACUCCUGAGCGUGCUACGUUGGCUCGCCGUGGCCCAGCCCCUUCGUCACCGCACUCUGGCCACGCCCACUCGGACAUUACUGGUGUGUCUGGGAGUCUGGCUGUUUGUGGCCGUAUCCUCCACCCCCUUCCUGUCCAAUGGGGUGAGGAACAGGGCAGGGUUUCCUCGUUGCUUUGAGCCAUCCAGCCCCUCCUCUUGGGGGCGUGUCCUGAUCUUAAACUACGUGGCGGUGGUUCUUGGCUUCCUCCUCCCUUUCCUCACCAUCAUCUUUUGCUACAGCAGAAUCAUCCGGCGCCUGAUGGCCCCCUUCAGCACCCAAGGCAGCCGUCAGUCCAACGACACUCGCCAUCGCAACCGACGGCGCUCGGUUUACCUGGUCACCAUGGUGACGGUGACCUUCCUAUUUUGCUUUUUGCCCUAUCACGUGAUACGAUCUCUGCACCUGCAUGCCGUUUGCGAGCACUGGAACUGUGCUGUCACAGUGGCGCUGCAGCGGGCGGUGGUGGUGACGCUGUGUCUGGCGGCGUCCAACAGCGUGGUAAACCCACUGCUGUAUUACUACUCCACCAGGACGUUCAGAGACAACAUGAGGGACGCUCAGUCCUCUCUGUUGUCCAGCAGGGGGGCGUCCAUGAGGCAGGGACUGUCUUUGAUGAGGAGAAGGAACACCACCUGAGUCGACGCUGCAGCUAAAAUAAACUCCUUCCUUAUUUCCUAAAAUAUUCUGCUUCCUGCUGAAAACACCACGCAGAUUUUAUUUAUUUCAAUGAAAACAAAUAUUUAUAGCAUUCGUCUGAGAAAAAGGAGUCGCUUUUCUGCCUAAUGUGGAUGAAAAGAAUUUGGUGAAAGUAUGAGACAGAAGUCACUGGCAGCUCUGCAGACGGUAGUCAUUCAGGAGGAGGGUUCAGAGGUCACUGAGGUGUGGUUGCAGAGUCCAGGGGUCGUUGAGAAGAGUCCAGGGGUCAUAGAGGAAAGUCCGGGGGUCGUUGAAGAGAGUUCAUGGGUCAUUGACGAGUCUGGGGAUCAUUGAGGAGAGUUCAGGGGUCGUUGAGGAGAGUUCAGAGGACAUUGAGGAGUUCAGAGGACAUUGAGGAGUUCAGGGGUCAUUGAGGACAGUUCAGGGGACACUGGGGAGAGUCCAGGUGUUCUUGAGGAGUCCGGGAUUUGUUGAGGAGUUCAAGGUUCGUUGAGGAGUUCAGAGGUCAUUGAGAAGAUCCAGAGGUUGUUGAGUAGUCCAGGUUACUGGGGAGGGUCCAGGGACUGUUGAGGUAAUUGAGGAGAGUCGGGGAGUUGUUAAGGAGUCCAGAUAUUAUAGAUACUGUUGACGACGGGGUUCCUGUUAUAUGAAAACUCUGAGCAACAGCUAACACAGGCACACAGGAGAAGGUGUUUCCAGAGUUAUUUCACUGUAGUUAAUGUGUAGCCUGCAAACUGUGAGCAGAGUUAAAGAUCUCCCAGACAGAUUUGUCUGCUGUCCUUGUUGAGUAACUGCGCCCUCUGCAGGCCUUGCACUAAAAAGCACCCUGUCAGAUCUCAUUUGACACAACUGACUGAAAGUUCGCUCUUAGUCCUGACAGAUUCUGUAUUUUUAUCUUCAUGUUCAGACUCAAACCAACAGUGCAUGUGUCUGCCAGCAGGAAUUGUGUCAUACACUGAUUUUUUUUUUUUUUUAAUUGAUAUCAUAUAUUAGUGUUUAUGAAGGUUUCUGUCGGACUAACGCGCUGCACAUGAGCUUUGUGUGUGUGUGUGUGUGUGUGUGUGUCUGUAAAUUAUUGUUUGAAGUGUAAACAUGUUUCCAGUGCAGAAUCUUAGUGUUUAUUUGGAAAUAAAUAUCAGUCACGUAGACAGGAAAUAUCUCCUGCUCUUGUUUCAUACUAAUACACAUUUGUUUGUGUGUUCAGUGUUUCCACAGAAAUGUCAUGUUUUAAUGUCUUUGAUGUGUUUCUUUAGAAGGAGCUAAGGAGGAAAUGUAUUUUCCAAAUGGGAAAACAUCGGCCACAGAUGCUUAGCAACUCAAAUGUCAAAUAACAGUCACAGUUCAAAGGAAAAUGACUGUUGCUCCACUGAUCAUAGAUCUGUUACGACAUCAGGCUGACAUCAGAUAUGACCAGAGAUCAAUGAUAAAAACAGCUGUGAAUAUCAUCAGUCUGAAUCUGUUCAGGCUCAGGAUGGUUUUAUGGCUAACACUUCACAGGAGAUUUCUUAAUGGUUUGACUUUUAAAAAAUAUAUACAAAAUCUCACAGGUUUAGGGCACAUGGAAGACCUGAACACAAGUUAUACACAGCCCAGUCGAACCCAUCCUCACUGUGACCUCGUCACAUGUCCACGUCUGGUCAUGGACUCUCCACGUCCACAUAUGACGUCCAAGGUACCCUGGGUGUGUUGGUUGUUGACGUUCUGGGACGCCGUGUCAACUUCAGCCUGUUACAUGCAUUGUCUGUUUUCAAAAUACACUUCUGUUUUCACAGGAAAUGUACAGUUUGCAUACAGUCUCUAUCAAAAUAAAAGCAUUGCAUCAGUACAGAUGUUUUUCGACUCCAACAACAAAUGCAUGUGGUUGGGUUUUGAAAAAAGAACAGGGUUUGGCUUUAUAAUCUUACGGGAAGGAAACGCCGCUCUCUCGGUGGUCACCCUUCCACCACCCCGCCCCACUUAGACUGGUGCCCCCUUCACUUUCAUUCUCGUCCUGCCGUGUUUCCCCCGACGCUGCCAAGUGCAGUUAAACUAUAACAUCGACCAGCCACAUGUCAUGCCGAUGUGAAAAGACGGCUUUUUUCGUCAGUGUCUGACUACCCAAGUGCUGGAUUUCGAGUUCGGACUGAGAGCAGGUAGCCCAGUUGCCAGUAGAAAUGCUGGUUUUGUACAAUUCUACAAACUAUGGACAUGUUUGUAUGUUAAAUGUAUCAUAAACUAUUCUAAAGUGAUGUAGUACAUGAGCUGAUUUUGUUUUCUGCAUAGUGUGUCCAACCUGGUCUCACUCAGAAGUCGCUGAAUACUUGGUCGGUGACUUCUGGUGUCAGGCACCAACAAGAAAAGCCGUCCUUUCACAUCAGCAUGUUACGCAGCUGGUUGCCGUUGUUGUUUAACAGCACCUAGCGGUAGGUGGGAGGGGUGGUGGCUGGGUCCAACAACCCCCGACUUUCACCUGAGAGGCUGGUGUUCGCUUCCUGUAAGAUCAUAAGGCCAAACCAGCCCUGCGUUCCAAAUCACAUACUUCUACUAUAUACUUUUAGUAUGUACUGCAGCUGCCCUUAAAAAGUAUGUAGUGUAGUAUGCAGUAUGCAUGCAGUAUGCAUACUAUUGGGACACACUACAUCCGCCAUCACAUCGCUCCCUGAACUCCGACCCUCUUGCUCACUUCCGCCGCCGUCCGUAGCGCCACAUUUGAGUAUUUUGUGUUGUUGUACUUCGGAGAUGCAGCAAAUCUCCUCUCGCAUACCGUCGGAGGUGCCAGAGAGCUCUGUUGCUGUUAUGUCGUCAUGUAUGUUGUUGUUUCUAAUAAACUGACGUGUUCACGUGAACAGUCCCAAGCCUA